AUGCUCUCUCGUUUAUUCCUUAGACCUUCGAAUCUCCGUCUCGUAACCCUAGCUUCAUCCAAAUUGAACAACUCUCAGAUCUUCUCCUCGUUUAUCCGACCGCUUUCCACUAACAGUAGCGGCGGCGGAAAUGACAACGGAAAUGGGGGUAAUCGGAGUGACGUUCCGUGGAAUUUUUCUGGAGUAAACGACGACAAGUCCAAUCCUUUCUCUUCCGAAGAUCCUUGGGCUUCCUCCGGAGUUGCAGGAUCCGGUUCAGCUGGUGGAGAAGGUAAAUGGCCGGAGGAGCCUAAGCGAUGGAAUUUGAAAGAGGUAGAGGAUAAGUCUGUGUUCGAUACCGGCGGAGAGGUGGCGGAAGGGAUUGAAACCGGACGUGAGAGGAGACCCAAUGGCUGGGAGGAGACUAAGCGAUGGAAUAUGAAGGAGGGAGAAGAUGAAGUCGUGUUCGGUACGAAUGGUUUUGGAACAAACGGAGAGGUGAAAUCUAAUGGAUGGGAAGAGCCUAAGCCAUGGAAUUUGAAGGAGGAAGAUGAGAAUGUUGUGUUUGAUCUGGGCGGCGAGAUGCCUCUUAGCUUUGAAGGCAGCUUGGAAAACGCGGAGGAAGAGCGUGCGAAGAAGGAGGCUAUUGAGAAAGAGGAGAAAGAGCUCACUGAGAUUAUCAAAGGUCCUGAUCGAGCAUUUGGAGACCUUAUUGCUAAGUCGGGUAUAACAGAUGAACUGCUAGAUAGUUUGAUAGCCUUGAAGGAUUUCCAAGGGGUUGAAGGAUUGCCUCCUCUGACUGAGAUUGAAAACAUGCGGCGUGAAAAGAGUUCAAAGAAGUCCUCAAGAGCUGAGAUAGAACUCCAGAUGCAAGAGGAAAUUGCCAAAUCGCGCGUGAGACACGUGGAUGAAACAGGUAGAGCCUAUGGAACCGGAAGAAGAAAAUGCAGUAUUGCCCGUGUUUGGAUUGCGCCUGGGAAAGGGAAGUUCCUUGUUAACGAAAAAGAAUUUGAUGUCUAUUUCCCUAUGCUUGAUCAUCGCGCUGCUCUUCUGCGCCCGCUUGCUGAAACCAAAACCUUAGGUAGUUGGGAUAUUAAGUGCACUGUUAAAGGCGGUGGUACUACAGGUCAAGUAGGAGCUAUUCAAUUGGGUAUCAGCAGGGCAUUGCAAAACUGGGAACCAGAUAUGCGAACAUCACUCCGAAAUGCCGGUUUCUUGACAAGAGACUCUCGAGUUGUGGAAAGGAAGAAACCUGGAAAAGCCAAGGCAAGAAAGAGCUUCCAAUGGGUCAAACGUUAA